CCACCAGUUAUGUGAGAGGCUGCCUGUAGAGCACACCCUUCUCACAUGAGCCUGCCUGGGCUGAUCCAUUCAGACUUGCUUCAACCCAUUAAGAAAACUCUCCACUUCUCUCCACAUUAAUAGAUCUCUCUUGGAACCUGCGGCUGCUCUCUUCCUUUCCUUCACUUGUGCUGCAGUUACUCUCCAGCUUGUCAGAUCCUGAAUGUUUUCUGUGUAACUUUACAGGAUGGAAGAAGCAGAAUUGCUGAAAGAAAGGCUCCUGGCCAUUACUGAUAAAAGGAAGUUGCAAGAAGAAAUUGCACAAAGACGCCUUAAAAUUGAAGAAGGAAAAUUAAAACUACAUCAUUUAAAGAAAAAAGCCACGCGGGAAAAAUGGCUGCUGGAUGGAUUAGAUACAAUGAGCCCAGAGGAACAGCAGGACAUGCUGAGACAAAACCAAGAGGACCAGAAUCAGAUCAAAGACCUGGAACGUAAUAUUGGCAGACUAGAUCAAGAGAUUGACAAUCUUGAGACGCAAGAAACACAACUGUCUGCCAAGGAAGUACAGGUCUUACAGAGACUGAAGUCUGUGGAGAGAACUACAGAGGAUAUCAUAAAGGCGGUGAAAACAGAAGCUCGAGAAGAACCCAUAAAGGAUAUAUAUGCUGGCAUACCCGACCUACCACCUUCUUAUAAGCCAAAAUUUGGCAGAAAAAUGGAAAAUGCCCAUGUUGAGAAUGGGGAAGAACCAAGAAAGGCAUUAUUUGCCAUGGAAAUUAAAGUUGAAAAAGACACAAAGACUGGAAAGAACAUAGUGUUAUCCUCAAUCCCGGUCCCCUCCAGUGAGUUUAAAGAUACAGGAGUUAAAGUUUAUGAUGAUGGCAGGAAGUCUGUGUUUGCUGUAAGCUCUGAAGGCAAGACAGCUAAAAAUGACAUAAACAGUCUUGCUCCCAUUGAAGUAGAGGAACUCUUGAGGAAAGCUACAGAGAAGAGCACACAGUCUCCCACAGAAUACCACGCACCUGUGUUCUCCAACCCUUACAACAAUUCCACCCUCCAUAAAGGACAGGUUCAACAAAAUGGAAAUGGUCACAACUCACCCGUCACCGUGAACCAGCAAAAUGGUCACAGUCCAACAGUCGUGGAAGAUAUAUUCCCAAAAAUUCAACCUGUGCCAAAAGCCCCAGUUUAUUCACAGCCAAAAGUUAUCAUGCAAAAUGGACAAUCAAGCCAUGUAGAACCGCAACUGAAAGAAGAUUACCAUCAGGCAGUGUUUGUUAACUCAGAAGGAUAUACCACCAAACACUCUCCUGCUGCUAAUAUGGAAGAUGACGUGCAAGUGCAACACAGUGUUGUCCAUGCCACACCAUGUUACAUAGAUGGCUCUGAGCCAGUUACUAUGAUUUUCAUGGGCUACCAGCAAGCUGAUGAAAAUGAAAGCAGACCACUUACAGAUUACGAGGGAGUCAUUCGAGCAGAACUGGUCAUCAUUGAUGAUGACAAUGACAAAGAAGAAGAAGCAACCGUGGAAGGACUGAUUAAGCAACCGCAAACCAAAGCAGAACCCAUUUCCAAUCCUCCUUUGCCAAAUAACGUUGCACAUAAACUACCCAAACACAAUGUCACGCUGCACGGUCCUCAACCCUACAAGAACUCAAUAUCCUUACAAGAACAAGAAUCUAGCCUGGGUCCUCAUAACUAUGUUCCAGUUUCCAAACAGAUCCCAGAUGAUGGAACUGAGGACCCAUCAUUAACAGCAUUGAGGAUUAGAAUGGCCAAGCUGGGGAAAAAAGUGAUAUAAGACUCAAUACUACAUAAAGAGAUAUGGAUGAAGAAGAUCCCCAGAAUUUUUGUGUAUACUAGUUUUUCAUGGACUUUCUUCUUGUUCCUGCGACAGACAACCCAUUCAUGGAGCUCCAGUGGUUCAACGAUAGCUGGAGAGUCACUGGUGUUCAUCUCCUAUACUUCAGCUUUCUGUCUAUUGCUAUGCAAGCUCAUGUGUUUUUAUAUAGGAAUAUAUUAUUUUGUUCUGACAAUGGAAGGCGAUUGCUUAUGUAACAAGGAAGAUACAUGCCGUCAGUGUCAUUUGUUAUUGCAUUUAGUUAGUCAUGUAAACAGAAGCAGAUCCAGGCAAGAUUUGUCUCAAUUUUCCACCUAUUCACAAGCUUGGUCUUACAUCAUGAAAGAAUGCUGGCAAAUUAAAUAUCAAACCUGCAUCAUAUUAACACUAA